AUGCUGCUGACGCUGGCCUCGGGGUCAGUCUUCUUUCCGGGGCUCUUCGCGCUCUCCACCUGGUGGCUGCGCCGCUCGCGGCCCGAAUGGACAGGCAGCGACUGCGUGAUGAUCAGCACCAGGCUGGUUUCUUCAGUGCAGGCUGUGCUGGCCACCGGGUCUGGGAUCACCAUUAUCCGCUCCUGCAAAAACGUGGUCACCGACAGGCACUGGCUUGCCCGAGAAUAUGUUUGGUUUUUGGUUCCAUACAUGAUCUAUGACUACUACGCCAUGUACCUCUGUGAAUGGUACAAAACCAAGGAUGAGAACCGCAGACACUCCCUCACCACUUUCCAAAACUUCCUAAGUCAUAACCGCCUUAUGAUCAUACACCACGCAGUCAUUCUGUGCGCCCUUGUGCCCGUUGCCCAGAAGCUUAGGGGAGACCUGGGGGACUUCUUUGUUGGCUGCAUCUUCACAGCGGAACUGAGUACACCGUUUGUGUCACUGGGCAGAGUUCUGAUCCAGCUAAAGCAGCAGCACACCCUUCUGUACAAGGUGAAUGGAAUCCUCACUCUGACCACCUUCUUUUCCUGUCGGAUCCUUCUUUUCCCCUUCAUGUACUGGUCCUAUGGCCAACAGCAGGGACUAAGACUGUUCCAAGUGCCAUUCCAUAUCCCUUUCUACUGCAAUGUGGCCAAUGCCAUUCUCAUCGCUCCUCAAAUCUACUGGUUCUCGCUGCUUUGCAGGAAGGCAGCUCGGCUCUUUGACGCUCCCCAAGCCAAAAAGGAUGGUUAA